GUUUUAAAGGCACUUGAGAGAUUUCAGCCGAUAGCUUAACAUAGUAAGCUAGUCUUCAAAUAAGUGGGGAGUUAUUUCAUCAAUAAAAUGGCACAAGUAUUCUUUUUUUUACUUUUACGCUAAUGUGCCUGAAACUAAACGAUGACAACCCCUAACUGUAGAUGAUGACGUAUCAGCUACUUUGGCGCGGAAGUUUGUUUGGUAACGUCGGUGACUGGGUUAGUGAAGCAGUCUUGUGUGGAUUCAACAGUACAUUAAAGUAUGUCCCUCUUCCUUUUUAACACGAAUCAUUGUGACAGGCAGUUAUAUUGAAUAACAUGUACGUAAAGAAUAGUUUCUUCGUGUUGUAGCCACUGAAAAAACAUUUGAUCGCACCCCAGCUAACGUCAACGUGCAAUAUUUUGUUAGAGCCUUGCUAGGUUCCUCGUUAGGUAGAGUCAGAUAAACUUAUGAAAAGGUUAGCUUGUGAACUUGUGUAUCUGUCAGCCUGAUUUAGCUGUUUAAAAACUCUUUUUUUGUUGUUGAAAUCAGAUGAUGCGUAAAAAGAAACGCUCCACUUUGGAUAAAGAAGAUGUUGCCACAACAGGAACAAGUAAGUGUCAAGUCAUCAUUCACAUCUGCAUGACAUGACUACAACAACAUAUGAAGGGAACUUGGUACCUUUGCAGUUAGAUCAUUGAACGGGGAAAGUUGAGCCACCCCUUGUUGCUUGGAAAUGGUAAAAGAAAUUGAUCAUGUGACCAAAUAUUUAGGAGAUGGGCAUCAAUUCAUGGAGUUUAAAAUUGUUUUAUACAUCAGUUGUGGUAUCUAUGAGCUACAACAUGAGGUCAAAAACCUAUAAAAGUCCACCAUUUUAAUUUAAAGGACUAUUGAAGUCAUAAUAGUAGUUCUGGGGUAAGUUGAGUCAGUGGUUCACCUGAGAAAGUAAAGAAGUCUGAUGAGAGGAUCAGAGUUUCAGUUCAGAUUGUUGAAAUGUUUUACUUUUUCUUUUCAAAAAUACAGAUCUGUGAAUGUUCUGAAUCACUUAAAGACAUUCUCAUGUUAAAAUGACUCUUUACAAAACAGCUUUUUAGCAGUUAUAUGCAAUAAUAAUAAAAAGUAUUAUUGUAUCAGUUGAAUAGCGUAUAAUAGAUAAAAAUACACAUGAAUGUGAAGAAGUGACUGUUAUUUAGAGAGAGAGAGAAGGUGAGGGAGGGCUGGGGUGGAGAGUGGGGGGUAGUAGGGAUACGGCUCAACUUACCCUGCUCUUAUGAUCAACUUACCCCCAUAGGAGACCACUUUUUUUGGCAUGCUAUAUUAUCAAGACAGUUAUGUUUACACUCAUUCUGUUGGUUUGCAGGGAUGCACAACAUCCUGAAAUAUAUGCCGAUACACUAGUUAGAGACUAAACUAUGAUUGCCUUGAUGUAGUGAUCGAAAAUGUGAAAAAUGGCUCAUCUUACCCCACUCUCCCCAAUAGUUUAUGGACUCCAUCUUUAACGGGCUGAUCUUUGAAUUGCUUUUACUCUGUAUAAUAUAUGUCACUUUGUUUUAUUAAUUUCUUUACUCCUUUAAAAAUUGCCCCAAAGGAGUUGAAAUAACGUUGUUUGAAUGGAACUGAAACAUCAGAACUUAAAACAGCUCAGAGAAAACCUCUAGUAAGAUUUUUUUCCAGCAUCACUCAUUCAAUUUCCCCAGCUGGUUUGAUCUAAGUUUAUUCUCUCUGCUCUACAAAGAAGCAAAAAAGAGUCGCAGCACUGGCCGACAACAAAAGGAAGCACCUCCUGAAGAGACAAAUCAGAGUGUAUUUGGCAUCUUUCUUAAUGAGGCAGGUGUCACCCUGAAACAAGGCGGCACGUCCAAUGAGAUUGGUAAGAAAAGUGCUAAUUUCUCAAUCUACCCUCAAUGGGAUCAGUAUCCUCUUGCAGAGUUUUUGUUUUGCAGUCCCCCCUCUAAUCUUUAUCUGAUCUUCCCCUGUAGCUGUGGACCAAGUAGUUUUCCAGAAAAGGAUACAACAGCAAUUGCAAAAGAGUCCAAGAUAUCCUGGGGUAAGUGAUACCACCUUGCUUGAAACUAUGACUUUUAAGAUGAGAUGGGUUUGGAGUAAAGUCUACUUCAUGUUCAUCUUCAUAUUAUGAAGACGUUUGGAGUGAAACAAAGCAAAGUUGUGAUGAUAUUCAUAACUUUUAGACCCCACUGUUUGUGGUCGGGGGCUUCUUGUCGAUAGCUUUAAGUAGUUCAAGUCUGAUAAUGAAACAACAAAAAGAUUUUAAAAAGCUUUAUGAUCCCUGAAAGGAAAUUAAAUUCACAGCAUGUAAUAUUAAUUUUUUCUGCCAGAUAAUGCAGGAAUUCACCAAAGGAUUAGAGUCUCAUAUUGAAGAUCCUGAGUGCUUUAGGAACUGCCUCCUACCAUGUGUCCCCAGAUUGCCUGAUGGAGACCCCAGGUAAGCCAUAAAAACACAAAAGAGCUUGAAGAGGCCUCCUUUGGACCUGUACUGUGUGAACUUUGAAAAUAUUCUCCCUUUGUUUCAGCGGUGUGAGCUCAUUCAGGGAAAGUCUACUCCGCAUGUUGUUGGGUAUUGAGAUGUUGCAGGUAAAAUCUUCUACACAGAUUCUGCAAAUGACAACAGGACAUCACUUGUAAAAAUAAAAGAAGCUUUUUUCUACUUUAAGGUGUGUAAAUGUGAAUGCUGCUGGUUGAACGGCUGUCACACACUCUUAAUAUCCUCUUUUCUCUUAUACAGACAUCUAUCAUUAACAUUUUGCUUGAGAAACUCCCUGAAUUUAUGCUUGAUGGGUGAGUAUACUAAUAGAUUUUAGAUGAUUGUGUUUUUGUUAUUAUUAUUUUAGUCAAAGUAUCAUUUUGUUCUAUCUUUCACAGUGUUGGAGAUGGAGGACUCUGUAUUCCCCACAUAAUUAUAAACCAGCUUAAAUGGCUGGACAGAGUUGUAGACAGCAAGGUAGUAAUUCCUUAAUGACAUGUCUAGUUGCUUGUGCCAUUUAGGUGGUUAAAAGUGUCUGAUCUGAUUUCUUCUAAGACAUCUAUAAACUAUAUCAUUUAUCAAUAAUCACUGAUUUCAGUGUAUGUGUUGAUAAUUGCCCUUUUGUGUCCUUUAAUUUGCAGGAGCUGGCUGCAAAGCUUAUGGAGUUAGUGUCAGUGGCACCAGUGGAGGUUCAGCGUGACAUCAUAACCAGUCUGCCAGAGAUACUGGAAGACUCCCAGCAUGAUGAUAUCGCCAGAGAGCUCAAGUGUGUACAGUCAAACUGAAAUACAGACAUGUGUUUAUUUUUUUUUUUUUCAGAGCAUGUAUAAAGCUCAGUGGUUCAACAAUAAUCCCCCUCACUGUCUUCUAUAGCUCUUUACUCCAGGAGAACACUCAGUUAACCGUCCCCAUCCUGGACGCUCUCUCAAGUUUGAAUCUAAGCUCCUCAUUGCUAGUUGAGGUAGUGCACACACACAAACAUCCAGACUCUACUUAAGUUAUUUUUGCUGGAUUAUUCAAGGACAAGUUAAUGACACAGUGUUGUUACAUGUUCCUGUUUUUAAUCUAAAGGUUCGGGAAGCUGUUAUGACCACUUUAGGAGCUGUGCAGCUGGACGAUCUCCCUGUUGUGGUGAAGUUCAUCCUCCACUCUGUCUCAGCCUCAGAUGCCAAUGAGGUCAGGGUUUAAUUCUGGUCCACGGUGUUGUGCAUUUUGAAAACAAAACAGUCAUUAUCUUGAAAUGUCUAAAGUGUGGGUGUCUUUUCCUGUAUGCAGGUGGUGUGUAAUCUUCGUAAAAAUCUGGAGUUGGAGCUGUGUAUCCUCCCCCCUGUGCUGCAAGCCUCACAGAGCCGCAUCAAGAGUAAAGGAUCAGGAGGGUAUGACAACACAAAUUCAAAUACCCUCUCAGAUAUUCUUGUUGCUGAAGAAUUGAUCAAAUAAGUUUGUUUUUUGGAGCAGGUCUGCUUCCACACCAGCAGCUGGCAGUAGUCAGGACAGUGUUGCAUUGAUAUUAGAGGGAAUCAAGUCUGCGGUACGAUUCCAGAAAACAAUAUCUGAGGCUUGGCUCAAGGUUUGAAAGGAUCUGUUUUUCCUAGAUAUAAAGGCACUCUGUCGUCCAAACUCAUAAUAUCUUACUAGACUUUUACCGCUUUGUUUUUCAUUAGGCAAUUGAAUCUGUGGAUGAAGUAGAGGACCAUAAGGUAAGUUUCAUCUCAUCAGCUUAAGGUGCUCCCAGGUGAAAUGGUAGUUAUCAUGAAAGGGUUCGACCUCCCUUUCCGUACAAGUAAAGUCAACAGUUUCCCAGCUGUACUUAGUUUGUUUUUGCUUUAUCACCACAAUUUGACGCAUUCUCAUCACACAGCUCUGUUAGGCCCAGGUAACAGAGCAGACAUCCCAUUGAUAGAGGCUACAGUUCUCGUCACACUGGUAGAAGGAUCUAAUCCUGGUCCUCAUAAGAUUUGACGCAUGUCUUCCCCUACUUUCUCUCCACAUUCACACCCUCUCUAGAUUUCCAUUCUAAUAGAUGCAAAAAGCCAAAAAACAUCCUCAUCACAUAUUUGUAUUAGCACUUAAUCAUAACAACAAUUAGAUUUAGAUUCAGACAACUUUAUUAAUCCCUGAAGGGCAAUUCACUUCACAGUGACCUCCCUUGUUGUUAAAUGAUCAAGGAACAGACAAAUACCAGACAUUCACAGCAGCAUAUGGCCCAAACAUUCCCCUUUCAGCACCACAGAUCAGCAAAAAAUAAAUAACUAGAUAAUAAAUACAUGUGCAAUACAUUCACAGUGGAAUGACUAAAUUAUAUCAUUUUUAUUGACCAUUUUACGCUUGUACAAAAACAAGACAUAUCAAAUUAAAGAUCUUGUCCAAACUCUUUUUGAUGUCUAAGUUUAAGAUGCAUCUUAAAGUGUGCAUCUGUGUCUCCCUUGUAUUUGCUCUGUCAUGUCAGGUCAUAGAUCUGCUAGUGCUGUUCAUCGUCCACUCCACUAAUGCCAACCAGAGCCGGCGGGGCGCAGAGAGAGUGCUGAAGGUGAAAGUGAAGACUGGCUUGAUUCAGGAGGCUUUGCUCCAAAAGACUUUCCGGGACUAUGCUCAGGUUGUUGAGUCUGUCUGUUGGCAAACAUGAUUUCUCUGAAUUCAGCACUCAUUUUGAAAACAAGGUCAUUUCAUAUUAAGCUUUACAUUUUUUAAAUUUCAAUUAAUGAUCAUCCUCCAGGUCAUGCGAGGGUAUUUCCCCUCCAUCCUGGCUCUGGCCCAGGGUCUGCUGCGCUCCCCUGACCCUUGCGUUGUUCCUUUUGGUGGACACAUGUACCGAUACUCAUUCACUGCUUUUGAUUCUUACUGUCAACAGGUGGGUUUUAGAGCUAUGUGUCCAGAUGUCUGCUUUUUAAAUAUAGAUGCAACCGAAUCAUUUCAGUUUUGUCCUGUGCUGUGUUGAUUAGGAAGUAGUGGGCGCUUUAGUGACCCACGUGUGCAGUGGUGUGGGUGGGGAGGUAGACAUGGCUCUGGAGCUGCUCUGUGGACUGGUAACAGAGAAGCCCUCAGAAAUGGCUCUGUAUGCGGUUUUCGUUAAGGUAAAGGCUCAUCCAUAUAUAUGCUUUUUCAAUCACACUGAACUUGUACAAACUACAAAAGAGUAUAAGGGCCACAAGAGGGAAAAAAAAUAAUGACAGGAGGAAGAUUUUUUAAAUUUCAAUUUCGACAUUAAAUUCGAAAAAAAAAUCAAAAUUUCGAGAUUUAAAAAAAAAUCAAAAUUGCUGAAUAAAGUCAAAAUUUUAACUUGAAUCUCAAAUUUUUAAUUUUUAAAUCUUGAAAUUUCUACCUUAUUCACAACAUUUUGACAUUUUGUAAUCUCGAAAGUUUGAUUUAAAUCUUGAAAUUUAAUUUCUAGUCUCAGAAUUUCGACUUUAUUGACAUAAUUUCAAUUUCUUAAUCUUGAAAUUUCGACUUUAAUCUCCUUCCUGCAAUUAUUUUUUUUCUCUUCGUGUGGCCCUAAUCCUUUUUCUUUGCAAAGAGCUUGCAGCUAGCAGAAGGUUGAAGAGGUUUAGUAUCAAUUCUUUCAUUAAUUUGACACAGGGAAUCUUGGACUACAUGGACAACCUCACGCCCCAGCAGAUCCGCAAACUCUUCCACCUCCUAAGCAAAUUGGCUUUCGGACAGCAGCAACAGGGAUCCCACAUCCAGGUCCACUGGCACCAUAUUUUUCUGUUUUUUCAUCUUUCUUGUCAUGGUCUCAUCAGCUGACUCUUCUCUAUUCUUCUCUCAGGAUGACAUGCACAUAGUGAUCCGUAAACAGCUGUCCAGUACUGUCCCCAAGUACAAGCGUAUCGGUAUCAUCGGUGCUGUUAUGAUAGUAGGCAGCAUGGGAGCAAGCAGGUAAGAGCUGCUAUUCAUGGGCAUACACAUUUUUUUUUCCUUUUUUGUUUGAAUGUCUCUCUUUAUAUCAUGAUUGCAUUCCCUGUCCCCCAACUCAGGGUGAAAGUGAAGGAGUCACAGGAUGGGUUGAUUUCAAAGGAAACUUUCAGACAGGUACACACUUUCUGUUGAGGAGAAGGAUUAAUCUGUUACAUCUCAGUUUGUUUUUUCAAUACCAUCUAAUUAGUUAACCGGUGACUUUUAGUUGUAAUCUUCGACUUCUGGAACAUUUAGGCCUUGUUCACACAUAGCUGGGUAUUUUUAUAAACAAAUAUUUAACCCCCUCCGUUAAAAAAAAGUAACAUACACACAUCAUCGUUUAAUAAAAAAUCCCAUUCACACAAAACGUGAAAAGUGUGCAAUUGACUGCAGUUAUAAGCAUGCUGGACCUGGAGUUGGUAGUAUUUGCCAAAAAGUUAGAUCCAUUCUAUCCAAUCAGAGCAAGCUUCCCUUGCACCAACAAAGAGGUGGAAUAGCUUUUAAGCCUCGUUUUGGAGUAUAAAGUCAACAAUACACAAGAAAGGUGGAAGAAGGAUUAUUUGGUGUAGAAUAACCGACUGCAAAGCACUCCUUCUCCUUUGCUCCUUACAAAAAUACAUAUUCUGUAUUUAUCUGUGCUGUUGACUGCCUGACAUAAACAAGGGCACAUAGUAUAGGACGUUGAUCUAAUAGUUGUCGCAGACACUGAUGUUUAGGAACAUCAUGUUGUUGUUCAACAUGUUGUUAUCUUUGUCCACACGCAAACGCAAAACAUAUUUUUAAUGACGUAUUCAAUUGGCUUUGUGUGGAUGACAGGCCGAAUCGUACAAAAAUAUAUUUCUUAAAGCAGGUACCUGGCUACAUGUGUACAUGGUCUUAGACACUUUUCCAAAACCCCUCAGUUAGGGAUUUUGGAAAGGGAGAAACCACCUCUGCCAGCAAAAUCAAAGUUAAGAGAAAACAGUUCAUGUCCUUUUUUUUUUUUAUAAUUCCUCUCCUCUCUUUCAUCAUGAAUGGGGGGUUCGGGUGGGUAUAGUGUAAUCAAACAGAAAUAUCCUCUGGCGCAAACAAGCCUCUCACCCUGGCUUUAUCUACCAAGUCCUCUCUGUGCAGACCCUCCUCUCUUCCCUCAUUAAAACAGGGGAGGCAGAGCAGCUUCUUCCCUCUGCUCUGCCACUCUUGUAUUCUUUCUACCUUCUCUCUAACCCUGAUGAUGUGAUGGCUCUUGCUGCCUCUCUAGUUCCACUCUCAGGGUAUCUACUCGUAAUAUAGAGGUAGUAUUGGCAUUUUAGUAACUGGAGCUUCCAUAAACAGAGCCAUGGUCUCAGUUUACUUAUCUUUUUCAUUAGGGUGCAAGUAUCUAGUGUCCAUGUCAUAUCAAAAUUGUUUGUUUCAGGUGUCUGCUUUGUUGGAGCUCGUGAAGUCGAGCAGUGAGAGCUCCUCUGAGGCUGCAGCGCUGUACUACGAUGAACUGGCUAACCUGGUCCUGAGCUCCACUUUGGACCCACAGGUGUUGGUGAGUCUUAAACAACCACACCUUUGGUAAAGAUACACAGGUUUUUCUCUUAUUUUUUUUUUAACAGAAUUAGGCGUGACUCAGCCAUGUGGUCUUGUUUUUGUCCUCAUCAACAGGAGAAUAUCGCACAGAGUGUCCUGGAUGACUUUCAGAACGACUUUGUGGUGGACGUAGGCCCAGAUAUAUCAGGGUUGGUAAUAAAUAGCUGGCAGCAUGAGUAAUGUCUUGUGCUGAUGAACUCUUGGUACACAUUUAUCCUUAUUACUAAUUUUAAUUUAUCCCACCUCAGUUCCUUCCCCUUCCCGGCCUGCUUUAUGUACAACCUUGAUGAGGAUGAGAGUCAGGGGGGCAUUGCCAUCAACCUGCUGCCGCUUCUGUCUAAAGACAUCCAGAGCAAAGGACAGCAGCAGAGUCAAACCAAGAAGGAAGAAAGGUCAGAAAAAUCCAGACAAUGAUCGAUUUGAUCUACUUACAGUUUUUAAUCUCUUUGUAUUCCGUAUGUGCAGGCGGGUGUCUCCUCUGUGUCUGUCUCCAUUUUUCCGCCUCCUGAGACUCUGUGAGGAGAAACAGCACCAGGGGGACCUCGAGGAGAUAGAUGCCCUGCUGGGUGAGAAAGUGGAGGCUGCACAUUUCUCUCACAGACCAGUUUUGAUUCAGUAGUGAUUCAUGUAUUUUUAAUGUUUUUACAUUUGCCGGGGAACAGGUUGCUCUGUAAUCCUGACAGACAUGGAUGUGCUGGAGAAAAUUGAGAGUCUAUCAAAGUCAGAGAGAGAGUUCCUCUGCACGCUGCUCUUUCACGCCAUCAACUGGUUCAGAGAGGUGACUGCAGGCAAAAGUCACGUUUUGAACAUCUUUUUACUCAAAGGAAGGGAUUCUCUGACUAAAGCUGCUACUUACUGUCUCUCAUGAUCAGGUCGUCAAUGCAUUCUGCAGACAAAAGGAAAUAGAGAUGAAGAUGAAAGUGAUGACUCGCCUGCAGAACAUCACCUACCUUCAGACACUGUUAGAGAGGGCGCUAGCAGGUAGGGUUUUGAAGCAUCAUAAUUUGAGCUCUUCCACUGACUCCUCUUGUUGGAUUUCAGUCUGUAAAAUUAGAAAAAAAUAAUAUUAUAAUAAUAUAAAUAAUAUUUUCAUCUAAUUUGUAUUCUAGGUACAUCUGGCUAUGUUCCACCUGCUGCCAACUUUGACGGAGAAAGCACUGAUAUUAUUCCCAGUUCCACUGCUCCUGUGAACAAGACAAAAAAAGGUAGCAAUGCCCUGUGUGAUGUUUUAGAAGUUUUGUUUUUUGUUUUUGUUUUGUUUGUUUUUUUUUUGAUAUAUGGUGACCCACACACAUGCAAAAACACACACUUGGUUAUAUACUCACCCUUGACUCUGAAUGAUGCAUUAUUUGGUUGUUUAUCUCUCAGGUAUGUUCAGUUUUGUUAUGUCCGCAUCCACUAGGUGAUAUUGUGUCUUGUUUUUCACCUAUGUUGUAUUGUUUUUGCUGUUUUGCGUCGGUUAAAUGAAAAAGUAAAAUAAAAGAAAAAAGAAAGUGAAAAAAACCCCACCUUGUUAGAUAAUGUGUUCCCUCAUAACUACCUGUUCUAUUUUUUUAUUGUUUAUUUCUCAAUUUUAAGAGGGCACAGGAAAGAAGAGGAAGGCCCCUGGUAAAAAUACCACAGAGAUCAGCUCCCAGCUCGACGAGACGACUGAUCCAGAUAAAACCAUGCAGGUAAUUUUCUGCACCUCACGGGAACAUACUACAAAUCAACAAAAAGAUGAUUCUGCGAGAGAUUAAUGGGGAAGACUGAUAUAUAGGCUGUAUGUUGAAUCCAGUAACUUCUACACAAAGCUGAAACAUCAAUCCACGUCAUGGUCUUUUAAAAAAAGUGCUUUAAUCUAUGAACCUCAAUCCUUUAAAAUAUUUCAUCCCUGCUUGUGAAAUCUUAAAGGGAAUUUUUAUUGUCAGGACUUCUCUCGGCUUCAUAUCUACCCGGUGCUUGUAGUUGCCUUUCAAGUGAAACGGUAACACAGAAACCCUGCUGGGAAUUUAAAAAUACGCUUUUUUUUUUUUUUUUUCAAAGUAUUUUUUGGGCGUUGCCUUUAUUGAUAGGACAGUGGGGAAACAUGGGGAGAUAAAGGGGGUGAAGUCGAGCCCGCAACCUCUGCAGGGACCGUGGUCUUCAUAUAUUAUGCAUGCUAACCCACUCAGCCCCAAUUAAAGCCCUUUUUAACAUGUGGAAAACUUUGGUUGAGAUUAAGAUAGGCUUGACAUCACAACAAAGCAAUGCCAAUCACACACUCAUAUUUCUGAACAAAGGUAAGUGUAAGUGUGAAGACUGUGGUGAUGGGAGCAUGUGGUUGUUUUCCCCUUGUGUCUUUAUAUCUUUACAUAAAUGUGUUUCAGAACUGUUGAGUGUGUUGUUUAUGACAGAUUUUAUGUGUUUGUGACUGCAUGGCUGCUACCUUGGCCAGGUCUCUCUUAUAUAAAAGAGAUUUGAUUCGAAAUUUAUUUGAAAUUUUAGAAAUUUUGAGAUAAAUAAAGUUAUUCUUAACUCUCAGUGGGAUGAACAAAAAAGAGCAGCAGCACAAUAACACUGUCUCAUUGUCAGAAGAAUCAGUGUAGCAUGGUGCUGUGUUGUAAAACCUGUUUUACAUCUGUGCUUCAGGAGCCAACAGAGAAAGAAAAAGAAAAGGAGACCCGACACGGAGUCAGUCUGGUGUCCUACAGGCAGUUUUUCAGAGAGCUGGACAUGGAGGUGCUGAGUGUCUUACAGUGUGGUUUGCUUUCUCGCUCAGUGUUGGACUCUGAGCUCCAUUCAAAAGUAAGAAACUGAAUAAAAAGUUGUGUUUGUUAAAAAGUUACAAAAGUAGUGACUUUUAAAUCUGUUAGCCUACAUAUUAACUGAUAUAUGUUUUAAUUUCAAACUUGAAAUUUGGAAUCAAUAAUCAAUCAGUGUGGAGUAUUACGGUACACUUUCUGGAAAAUUCCUACUUGGUUCAAGGUGCGAGAGGAGGUUCUGCUGGGUCCUGCUGAGCUUGUGUUCCUGCUGGAGGACAUGCUGCGCAAAGUGGAUUUCAGUCUUACAGCUGCACCUGCCAAGAGAGCCCCCUUCCUGAAGGUAUGGGAGGAAGGUCACAGUAAGCCAUGAUGACUUAUUAAGGUCUCAGCUGAGAAGUUUUCCCACAGUUUUCAGUUUAUCAUCAAUUCAAAAUUUGAGACAUUUAUCAGUAAUUUCUAGAACAGACAAAACAUUCCAUCUCUCUUCUUGAUCAGAACGCUUGGUGUGUUGAUGAUGUUCACUUGCGAAGCAGGCUCUCAGAGGACAAAAGUAAUGAAGGUCUCUUUUUGCAGGGAAAGACUGAUAAGAGCGUUGGCUUUUCCCAUCUACAACAGAGGAGCUCCAAAGAUAUUGCCUCAUGUUGCGUCCAGCUGCUUCCCACCCUCUGCUCACAUCUGGAGAACUGCCACAACCAUUUUCAGGUACAAACAAUCCGUGGACAGCACUUUCUCUCUUUCACAACACCUUUUUCUCUAUUUAUAUAAAUGCAUGUGUUUAUUUUUUUAAGACACUGUUAUCUGAGAACAACGGCAUCGUGGAUGGACCCAACACAGAUGUUCAGGAGCACCAGCUGAUGUCAUCGGCCUACCAGCUGCUCCUUCAGGUGUUGAAUACCACCUUCACCUGGUGAGGAGGAGCACCACUGCAGACUUCAGACAUACGAUCUUGUAACUCAGUUACAUUUCAGUGCACUGCUCCUGUGUGAAUGCGUUUUGUUCUCUGGCUCUGAGUGUUUUUUUUCUAUCCAUGAAUGUGUCUGUCUGACAGGUCUGGAUUCAGCCAGCCAGGACAGCGGAAUCUACUGAAGAAAGCUCUGGGAGUUUUGGCAGGAAGACUUAAAGAGGGAGGUGCUGAGCUGACCCUGGAUCAGCUUGUGAAGUGAGGCAUACAGAUUAAGAUGAAAAAAAAAAAUAUAGAUAAAGAUCCAACAGUCUCCUUAUGCUGAAAUUCUUGAGAAAAUCUUAAAUACCAUGUAUGUUAAAGUGCUGACAGAGUCAAAUGUGUCUUUUUUUGUGUAUUUUUAGACACAGCUUUGAGUACCUGGUGAACUUCAGAAGCACAAUGCCAAGUCUGAGCACCGCUCUGUGCCUCUCCCAGCUUCUGUUCACUGUGUCGGAGAAAGGAGGGAAUCCUGCUGCCUACAGAGAGCAGACUGGUUAGCCUGUUUAUGAUGUUUGAUAUCUAUCCACUUAUCUGCAAAGAUAAAAACUGAAGUACUAUGCAAAGUGUUUUUUUUUCUUGCAGUUGUUUGUACAGCUCUUGGUUGAACCUCAUCCUUGCGAAAAGAAGCCUUUUGGACCUCUUGUUUCUUAGACUGUACUGCCUGUUGUGAUUAUUUUCUUUGGUUCUUAGCUUCUGUAGCAAAAGGUUUCCUGAGCCAAGAGUGGGUAACAGCCAGUGGAGAGAAAGAGCGAGGGAACAAAUUCAACGAGGCACUUUACACUCUCCUAAGGUUUGUCUGCGUGUUUGAAAUUGUCAUCUUACACGAAACAACAAACAACUAGCAUUCAGCUUUGAUGGAUGGCUAAAACGAUUGCACCAGAAGCCAUAUAAUAAAUGAAUAUCAGGGUACAUGUAAGAAGUUUCAACCCUAUGUUCUUUUGUCCUCCUCUCUCUGCAGCAUCUACCUUGAGCAUGUGGAUGAUGUUCUGAAGGGAGUGGAGGAGAUAGCAGGAGAAGGAAUCACUGAGCUCAUCAACGCUGCAAAAGAUGAGAGCUCUGCAACAUGGCCCACUUUAAACAGGUAUGUCCUCAGCACCACCCGUCUUCUAGUUUUUUAAAGGAGCUAAUAUUACAACUAGAUGGAUCCUUUUGCCGCUGACAUGCAGCAUUUUGUUUCCUCACAGCAGAUUUUGAGCAACGUUAAAUAAGCGUAUUCAUUUUUUUCAUUCACUUUUUUGUUUUUUUCUUUCAGGCAGACGUUCCUGGUCUUCUAUAAAGUGUUGAUGGCUGAGCUGAUCAAAGCUGCAAAGAAGAUUCCGCCUUUCAAAACCAGCGACGACACUGAGGUCAGCCACCAGGUGUCACACUCAACAUGUUUCUCUCUGACUUAACUCUCUACUCUACUGGACGACUACACAUAUACCAGAAAGAGCAAAUCAAAAAAUACACACACAAAAACGUUUGUCAGGUCCAAAUGAUCUUCAAGUGUAAAUUCUCUGUGAACGUGAAUGACUCAUUUAUGUCCUCCCCUCAGGUUCAAAGUGGGAAGCUGCUGACAUGGAAUCUGGCCGUCAGAGAUUUUCACAUCCUCGUCAACCUUGUUAAGGUUAGUUUAUCCAAUGAAAUGCCUCUUCAUCCCCUCUGACCACCCUUAUUUCUAGCACACAGCAAAGCUCUUUUCAUUAUUUUACAUAUACGUUUGGAAACAGUGCAAAAAAGGAAUUUCAAGAAAGGAAAACAGCCUUGUACUAAGGAAAUAAGUCUUAUUUUUUAUACAUAAAGAAUAUUAUUUUUGUCGAGCAUGUUUGGCAUUAGAAAAAUGAUCUAAUUUUAAGAGAAAAUGGCCCACCUUUACUUGAUAAGAUAUUCCAGCUAACUUUGAGAUAGAAUGAACAAGGAAUAGAGUAGAAAAAUGUUUUACAAUAAAAAUCCAGCGGAGCAACAAGAUCAUUCGUCUCAUUUUAAGAGUAAGACAUAUGUAAAACCUCUCAAUUUAAGAAUGCCAUGAAACAAGAACAGUUGAUUUUUUUUUAUUCAGAUUUCCAUUGUAGGUCAUCUGAACCUGACAGAAUCUGCUGCCUCAUACAUUAUCUGACAUAUAAAGAUGUUAGUAGGCUAGUCUGUACAACACACAACAUAAUACAAUGACCAGAUGAAAACUGCAAAACAACAAAGAACAACAGAGAACAUGCUUGCUUUCCACAUGCUUGCUUGGGGAAUAAAAAAUAUAUAUUUGAUGAGAAUGUUUUGGUAUCUUGAUUUAAGACAACGUCACUUAUAUUUGCUAUGCUGUUUUAAGAAAUUUUGUGUUAUUUGAACUACUGUCAUGCUCAUUAAUAAUCCUAGAUUACGGUGUAUUUUCUUGAAGUUCAUUUAUUCAAAAGACUAAAAUUCUAAUUUUAAGUAACUUCACCUUCAUUUUUCACUGCUUGCUGUAGAAAAAAUUAGAUUGAUAUAAGAUUUUCUGUCUAGUUUUAAGUUUCAUCUGAGUCUGGCAGGACCAAGAAAUUUGUUCGUAUUUUGAGAACUCUUGUCAAGCAAAAAAAGCUUACUCUAUUGGCAGAUUUUUUUGCUUGAUACAAGAUUAUUUGAUUAAACAUUAAAAUAUUUUGCUUCUUUCUAGUAGGGCUGUUUUUGCAGUGAAUGUCUAGUUCUUCUGCCGCUGGUAGCCUCUAUUUUAUGAUCUCACCAUGUAUACAAACUCUGAUCUUGUUCAUCAGGUGUUUGAUUCUCGGCUGGUGCUCAAUGUGUGCCUCAAGGUGAGAUAGUUUCACAUGCCGAAAAAAAAAUUCUCAUCCUCCUUAUUCUGCUGUUCAUUUGUAUCAACUAAUGAUCAUUUUGUCGUUGGUAGUAUGGUCGCCUCUUCCUGGAGUCCUUUCUGAAGCUAGGGAUGCCGCUACUGGACAGCAGCUUCAAAAAACACAAGGUACACAUCAGAUGCUGUCUUUUUAUACAUUAAGUUCAACGAAGCUGCUUGUGAAAAUCUGUGUAGAGUCAGAUCAAUAUUAUUAAUAAUAGACUGAAUACACUCACCGGCCACUUUAUUAGGUACACCAUGCUAGUAAUGGGUUGGACCCCCUUUUGCCUUCAGAACUGCCUCAAUUCUUCGUGGCAUAGAUUCAACAAGGUGCUGGAAGCAUUCCUCAGAGAGCUUGGUCCAUAUUGACAUGAUGGCAUCACACAGUUGCCGCAGAUUUGUCGGCUGCACAUCCAUGAUGCGAAUCUCCCGUUCCACCACAUCCCAAAGAUGCUCUAUUGGAUUGAGAUCUGGUGACUGUGGAGGCCAUUUGAGUACAGUGAACUCAUUGUCAUGUUCAAGAAACCAGUCUGAGAUGAUUCCAGCUUUAUGACAUGGCGCAUUAUCCUGCUGAAAGUAGCCAUCAGAAGUUGGGUACAUUGUGGUCAUAAAGGGAUGGACAUGGUCAGCAACAAUACUCAGGUAGGCUGUGGCGUUGCAACAAUGCUCAAUUGGUACCAAGGGGCCCAAAGAGUGCCAAGAAAAUAUUCCCCACACCAUGACACCACCACCACCAGCCUGAACCGUUGAUACAAGGCAGGAUGGAUCCAUGCUUUCAUGUUGUUGACGCCAAAUUCUGACCCUACCAUCCGAAUGUCGCAGCAGAAAUCGAGACUCAUCAGACCAGGCAACGUUUUUCCAAUAUUCUAUUGUCCAAUUUCGAUGAGCUUGUGCAAAUUGUAGCCUCAGUUUCCUGUUCUUAGCUGAAAGGAGGGGCACCCGGCGUGGUCUUCUGCUGCUGUAGCCCAUCUGCCUCAAAGUUCGACGUACUGUGCGUUCAGAGAUGCUCUUCUGCCUACCUUGUUUGUAAUGGGUGGUUAUUUGAGUCACUGUUGCCUUUCUAUCAGCUCGAACCAGUCUGGCCAUUCUCCUCUGACCUCUGGCAUCAACAAGGCAUUUCCGCCCACAGAACUGCCGCUCACUGGAUAUUUUUUCUUUUUCGGACCAUUCUCUGUAAACCCUAGAGAUGGUUGUGCGUGAAAAUCCCAGUAGAUCAGCAGUUUCUGAAAUACUCAGACCAGCCCUUCUGGCACCAACAACCAUGCCAUGUUCAAAGUCACUCAAAUCACCUUUCUUCCCCAUACUGAUGCUCUGUUUGAACUGCAGGAGAUUGUCUUGACCAUGUCUACAUGCCUAAAUGCACUAAGUUGCCGCCAUGUGAUUGGCUGAUUAGAAAUUAAGUGUUAACGAGCAGUUGGACAGGUGUACCUAAUAAAGUGGCCGGUGAGUGUAUGUGCUACAUUUACUGAAAAACUCGUAUGGAGCCCGUAGGAAGUAAAUUGAUGUUCACACCUGUCUGUACUUUUGCUUCUUUUUUUAUACAAACGUGGGUCUGCACUUAAAAACUGUCACAAGUUGUCAAAAUAUGAAAAAAGGAAGUACUUUGUAUGUUGUUAUCAUAUUGUGUGAUGCAUUUUAUUCUAGGAGGAUGUUCAGAGUCUGCUUAAGACCUUCCAGCUCAGCACUCGGCAGCUUCAUCACAUGUGCGGACAUUCAAAGGUAGCUCUAAACAAAAUCCAAUGAUCAGAAAGUACAAAAUCGAUUAAAAGAGCAUUAAAGUAUUUUUUAGUCGAAUAUGACCUCUUUUUAAUCCUUCUGUAUGAAUAAUUAUCAAUGUUGUUAUUUGUUUGCUCCCAGAUCCAUCAGGACACGAGCCUGACCAAUCACGUCCCUGCCUUAAAGAAGAGCCUGGAGCUGUUUGUCUACAGAGUGAAGGCCAUGUUGACGCUUAACAACUGUCAGGAGGCUUUCUGGAUCGGCAACUUGAAGAAUCGAAACCUGAAGGUAAGAACUUGAUGAAACUUUUACUGUUUUUAUCUCCCCUCACAUUUGUAACAUUCACUGAAAUCAAUGUACGCUGCAGGGUGAAGAGAUUCUUUCUCAGAUGACACAAGGAAGUGAUGAGGAAGAGGGGGGGCAACGUUCACCAGUACCUCAGGAGCUGUCAGAGGAUGAGGUAACUGACAUUUUCAGGGUGGCAUUUAUUUGUCCUCUGUGGAUGUUUGCUUUUAAUUAUGUUGUAUUAUGUUUAAAAUGGUUCUCUGUGAGGAAUUUUGGGAAACUGCUUACAUUUGAUAAAACCAUGAAGUGUACCAUGAAAGCAAAGGUACUCAAAGCAAAGACUUAAAAUAAUUCAAGUCAAUGGUACAAAAGGGAAAAUAAAUAAGAAAGAUCAGUGACAGAAAUGUACAGGUAGGCAUCAAGUCGCUGAAAAGACUGAGCUGGGAUUCCUAUUCAAGGUUAUUUCAAAGAUAAGCCGCACACAGUUCAGACAAAGUCAGCCAUUGUGGUUUAACCGCUGUUUAAUCAGCCAUUUCUCUGUAAAUUAAACCCACACAGAUCAGCUUACAGUCAGUUGACAUUGAACAGGCUAGUGUGUUGAGAAGAUAGCUGGAAAGCUUUGCACUAAACUAAUAAUAAGUCGCUGAGGAAGUUGAGAGGAAAAAUAUCAUUUCCAAGAAACUAUUUGUAUUUUCCAGCUUACUGCUUUGUGUACAAAGAUUUCAAAGCUCAAGUUCUCCUCAUGUUUUUUAUUUCCUUUAGGCCCAGGAGUCUGACAUGGAGGAGAGCAGGACGGCCAAAAGAGAAGAUGUGAAUCUUAGUGAUGAUUCAGACUCAGACUAAGAAUUAAAAGUGUUUAUUUUUAAAAUGAUCUCUGUUAUCUCCACCCUUGUGGAUCAACUUUUGAAUCGUCAAACCUCGGAAGAGAACUUUUUCAUUCACUGUGCUUUGUGAUUUUACUCCUUUUCAAUAUGCACUAAUGACAAAUGAUCCAUUUUCUGCAUUCCCACAUGUGAAAAUAACAGAAAGAGCACAAUCUGUUUUUCUACAGGUUUGUUUUCUGUUAAAGAAAAAAUCUUAAAAUAUGAUGUCUAGUUUGACAGGUUAGGCCCUGUGCUUGUUUUUGUUGUCUGUUUUAUUCUGUUGUUUGCAAUAAAAAUGUUGCCAUAAA